CCUCGAACGGUUCUCGUUUCAAACUCGACGUCGCCGCUCGAGAGUUCGCCUCCACCAUCCGGAAAAUGUGGAUAUACGAAAAGUAGCGAGGAACAGCGCGCUGCUGCUAGUUAAAAAUACUGAAAAUCGGGAAUCCGGGAAAAACAUCACGAGAUGAUAGUUGGACCAAACGAAUUCUAACUUUACGCAUUUCAAACGAUCUCCUCGCCGCGCAAACAAAACAAACCAUACCCCGUCACCCGUCAUCUCCUCGUCGCGUCUCUGUACUCCCCAUCGUGUGUGUCCCGUGUUUUCGAGUGAACGACUGCUGGCAGGGAAGGCCCCAAGAAAUAUUAUUACGGCCUCGGCCGACUGUGAUUGAGUCGAAGUUGUGCUUUUGUUGGGACCCGCAGAUUAACCGCCUGGAAAUGGAAAUGGCCCAGUAGAAAUGUUUUUGAGUGCAGUGCGCCAGUGUCGAGUGCAUGAAUAAUCGCGAGUAGCCGAAAGCAAUCUCUUCUCUUCCCACUCCCCCGCGGAGUCCUCCUCUCCUCUUCUUCUUCUGUCCGGCUGUCUGGCCAAAAGCCGCCAAAGCCGCCAAGAUUAAGUUCUCAAAGCAGCACGCCCACCACGCGUACCGCCACACGGACAACAUCUACGACGGCGGCACGGACACGGACGACGACGAAUGUCCGCUGGAGGCGACCGCCAUGAAUCCCUACGAGUAUGAGUCCACGCUCGACUGCCGCGACGCGGGCGGCGGUCCCGCCCCGCCCCACGCCCACCCGCACGCCCAAGGACGCACGCUGCCCAUGAGCGGCCACGGGCGGCCGGCGACGGACCUCGGCGUCACCGCCCACGGCAGCCAGACGCUGCAGCACCAGAACCAACAGAACCUGCAGGCCGCCGCCGCCCAGUCGUCCCACUACGACUACGAGUACCAGCACCUGGCCCACCGUCCGCCGGACACGGCCAACAACACGGCGCAGAGGACGCACGGCAGACAAGGCUUCCUCCUGGAAGGAGUCACGCCAACGGCACCCCCGGAUGUACCGCCGCGUAAUCCGACAAUGAGUCGCAUGCAAAAUGGUCGUUUAACCGUUAACAAUCCCAAUGACGUUGACUUUGAGCCAUCUUGUUUGGUGCGAACGCCAUCGGGCAACGUUUACAUUCCUAGUGGAAAUCUAAGUACGUAUACGCAAUUUUAUGACUCUGUCCCCUCGGACAUCAACAAGGGCUCACCCAUCGACUUCAAGAGCGGCUCCGCCUGUUCCACGCCCACGAAGGACACGCUGAAGGGAUACGAGCGGAGCACGCAGGGCUGCAUGGGUCCUGUGCUGCCGCCGCGCAGCGUCAUGAACGGACUGCCCGCGCACCACUACUCGGCGCCGAUGAACUUCCGCAAGGACCUGGCGGCGCGCUGCUCCUCGCCCUGGGUGAGCGUCGUCGCCAUAUCGGCGCUGCUGGUGGGCGCGCUUAUGCUGAUCCUGCUGACCACCUUCGGCGGCCUGCACUGGACCCAGUCGGCGCCCUGCACCGUUCUAGUCGGCAACGAGGCCUCCGAGGUCACGGCUGCCAAGAGCACGAACACGGACCUCUCCAAGCUGCACAACUCCUCGGUGCGCGCGAAGAACGGACAAGGCAUCGGACUGGCCCAGGGACAAUCGGGACUCGGAGGAGCGGUAGGCGCGGGAGUUGGCGGAGGCGGAGGAUCCGGCGGAUCCUCGGCGGCCACAGUGACGACGGCCACCUCGAACAGCGGCACUGCCCAGGGCCUGCAGUCGACGUCCGCCUCGGCGGAGGCCACGUCCUCGGCGGCCACGUCUUCCUCGCAAUCCUCGCUAACGCCAUCGCUAUCCUCGUCCCUGGCGAAUGCCAAUAAUGGAGGAAGAGCAAUGUCAACGCAGCUGUCAGUCAAUGGGGCAGGAGAUAAGGAACGACGACAACGCCGAAGCUUAAUCGAGGGACAGGACGAAGAUGAUGUGGCUACAGAUGAAACUUUCACCGACUUAAUUACAAGCGAAAGCCUCAACCAGCAGACUGCUGAAAAGUAUUCGGCAACUACCCCAGCCAAAAGCCUGCCAGACGUCGCCGUUCAAAGCAGCACCGAUAAAACUUUGCCCCGAAUCAAUGGAGUAUUGGGUCCCCAAAGCAUCGAGGAAGACUCCACCGACUAUGUCUAUGAAGACGAAGUUGAGACGGAGACCCCCCAUCCGCUCAUCCGGAGACCCAGGACGGGGCAACAAUUUGGCAAAUCAUUAAACAGCAAUUUACGCAGCGCUGCUAAAACACUGGUCAACAAGAGAAGGAAAUAUGACUACGGGGCGGAGGCGAAUGGGCACAUUAAGCAGCAGGAGCAGGAGUUUCUCGAAGCUAUUGGGAUGGCAACGAAGCUGGCGACAGAGUCCGAGACCAGCACAUUGGUUGCUGUUAUUGAUGACGAUAAUCAAAGUGACAAGAGCAGCUCAGGCACAACGCCGGAGACGACUCUGAGGAGUGACACCGAUGACAUUGUUGAAAUCAACACCACCCAACCAGAGCCAGCUCAGAGCUCUUUUGCCGCCCGCUCGAACCAGCCUGCCAUUGAAAAUGAUUUUCAAAUCAAAACGACUGAGGCUGGGGGGUCGCAGACAGGGAAACCUGCCACUGAUGAUAUCAAUAAUGAGCGUGAUUUAGCUGACAACUAUGAGGUAGACACCGAGGAGCCAACAUCACCAGCCACACCCCCACAAGGUAUAAAUCAAACCAACAUCUAUGGUAAGGAAAGUCAGGAAAACAGCCAGGACCAACCACAAACCAAUCAAACGGAAUCGGAUUUAAUGAUGAGCGAUGCCUCGCACUUUGAGGAUAUCGAUAUAGUCAAACUAGAUGGGGCGCCAAGUUCCCAUGAAGAGGAGGUAUACAAGACGGCAGAUGAGCAGAAGUCGACACACAAGGGUGAACCAUUUGUCGGGAGUGAAAACGAAGUGCUAAAAGAGCAGGAGAAGGGCGACGAAGUACCCCUUCACCUAAAGCCCCUUAAGCCAUACGUAAGUGAGCGCGUUGAUCUGCCAGGCCGUCGCAUAUUCCUGAACCUGACAAUAGCCACCGACGAGGGCAGCGACUCGGUGUACACACUGCACGUGGAAGUACCCACGGGAGCAGGGCCGCACAACAUCAAGGAGGUGCUGACCCACGAGCGACCGAGUGGCCAGGCGGACAGUUGUGCCCCAGAGCCACCACCCCGCAUGCCCGACUGUCCCUGCAGCUGUCUCCCUCCUCCAGCGCCCAUCUACCUGGAUGACAGCGUUGACAUUGACUCUGUCCAAUCAGCCGCGACUACGACCAGUACCACGACAUCAGCGCCUUUGGAAAGGGCGACCAUUUUGAGCCAUGUGGAGCCAAUCGCUGUUCCAACCACCGCUACUAACCCCCCUAGCACCGAGAUCGAUAACCACAUUGCCGCCUCCUAUACUGAACCCAACAUUGGUGCUGGUGGUGAACCGUUUGCAUGUCCUGAUGUGAUGCCAGUACUGAUACUGGAAGGAGCCCGAACAUUCCCGGCGCGCAGUUUCCCACCGGACGGCACCACCUUUGGCCAGAUCACGCUCGGCCAGAAGCUGACCAAGGAGAUCCAGCCGUACAGCUACUGGAACAUGCAGUUCUACCAGUCGGAGCCAGCCUACGUCAAGUUUGACUACACGAUUCCGCGGGGCGCCUCCAUCGGAGUUUACGGCCGCCGCAACGCCCUGCCAACCCACACGCAGUACCACUUCAAGGAAGUGCUCAGCGGAUUCAGUGCCAGCACGCGAACGGCCCGGGCCGCACACCUGUCGAUAACGCGGGAGGUGACGCGCUACAUGGAGCCGGGGCACUGGUUCGUCUCGCUCUACAACGACGACGGCGACGUGCAGGAACUGACCUUCUACGCGGCCGUGGCCGAGGACAUGACCCAGAACUGUCCCAACGGCUGCUCCGGCAACGGUCAGUGCCUGCUCGGCCACUGUCAGUGCAACCCCGGCUUCGGGGGCGACGACUGCAGCGAGAGCGUGUGUCCCGUCCUCUGCUCCCAGCAUGGGGAGUACACCAACGGGGAGUGCAUCUGCAACCCGGGCUGGAAGGGCAAAGAGUGCUCGCUGCGGCACGACGAGUGCGAGGUGGCCGACUGCAAUGGGCACGGCCACUGUGUCAGCGGAAAGUGCCAGUGCAUGCGCGGCUACAAGGGCAAAUUCUGCGAAGAAGUGGACUGUCCGCAUCCGAACUGCUCGGGCCACGGAUUCUGCGCCGACGGCACCUGCAUCUGCAAGAAGGGAUGGAAGGGUCCGGACUGCGCCACCAUGGACCAGGACGCUCUGCAGUGCCUGCCUGAUUGCUCCGGCCACGGCACUUUCGACCUGGACACCCAGACCUGUACCUGUGAGGCCAAGUGGAGCGGGGACGACUGCUCCAAGGAGCUGUGUGACCUGGAUUGUGGUCAGCACGGGCGCUGCGAGGGCGACGCCUGUGCCUGCGACGCGGAGUGGGGUGGGGAGUUUUGUAACACCCGACUGUGCGACGCCCGCUGCAAUGAGCACGGUCAGUGCAAGAACGGCACCUGUCUGUGCGUCACUGGCUGGAACGGCAAGCACUGCACCAUCGAGGGCUGUCCCAACAGUUGUGCCGGACAUGGACAGUGCCGCGUGAGCGGCGAGGGUCAGUGGGAGUGUCGCUGCUACGAGGGCUGGGACGGACCAGACUGCGGCAUCGCUUUGGAGUUGAACUGUGGUGACAGCAAGGACAACGACAAGGAUGGCCUUGUUGAUUGCGAAGAUCCCGAAUGCUGUGCCAGUCAUGUGUGCAAGACCUCGCAGCUCUGCGUUUCGGCUCCGAAACCCAUUGAUGUGCUGCUACGCAAACAGCCGCCGGCCAUCACAGCCUCCUUCUUUGAGCGGAUGAAGUUCCUUAUCGACGAGAGCAGCCUGCAGAACUACGCCAAACUGGAGACCUUUAACGAAAGCAUUUUUUGGAAUUAUUUCAAUGCAAGUCGAUCAGCGGUCAUCAGAGGGCGCGUGGUCACAUCCCUUGGCAUGGGCCUGGUGGGUGUCCGAGUGUCCACCACCACCCUCCUGGAGGGUUUCACCCUGACCCGAGACGACGGAUGGUUCGACCUCAUGGUGAACGGCGGCGGUGCCGUGACCCUUCAGUUUGGACGGGCACCUUUCCGGCCACAGUCGCGCAUCGUGCAAGUGCCGUGGAACGAGGUGGUUAUAAUUGACGUGGUGGUCAUGAGUAUGUCCGAGGAAAAGGGCUUGGCCACAACGACGACGCACACGUGCUUCGCGCACGACUAUGACCUGAUGAAGCCAGUGGUGCUGGCCUCGUGGAAGCAUGGAUUCCAGGGCGCCUGUCCCGAUCGGAGCGCCAUCUUGGCAGAGUCGCAGGUGAUCCAGGAGUCGCUCCAGAUCCCAGGCACGGGCCUCAAUCUCGUUUACCACUCAUCGCGUGCCGCCGGCUACCUGUCCACCAUCAAGCUGCAACUAACGCCAGACGUCAUUCCGGCCUCGCUUCACCUGAUCCAUCUGCGCAUCACCAUCGAGGGUAUCCUGUUUGAACGCGUCUUCGAGGCGGACCCGGGCAUUAAGUUUACGUACGCUUGGAACCGGCUUAACAUCUACCGACAACGUGUCUACGGUGUGACUACGGCCAUGGUGAAGGUCGGCUACCAGUACACCGAUUGUACGGACAUAGUAUGGGACAUCCAGACCACCAAGCUCAGCGGUCAUGACAUGUCCAUCUCGGAGGUGGGCGGUUGGAACCUGGACAUCCAUCACCGCUACAACUUCCACGAGGGCAUCCUGCAGAAGGGCGACGGAUCAAACAUCUAUCUGCGCAAUAAGCCACGCAUCAUCCUAACCACCAUGGGAGAUGGCCACCAGCGACCACUUGAGUGUCCCGACUGUGAUGGCCUGGCCACCAAGCAACGCCUCUUAGCCCCCGUCGCACUGGCCGCCGCUCCAGAUGGCAGUCUCUUCGUCGGCGAUUUCAAUUACAUCCGGCGCAUCAUGACCGACGGCAGCAUCCGCACCGUGGUCAAGCUGAAUGCCACCCGCGUCUCUUACCGAUAUCACAUGGCCCUCAGUCCACUCGAUGGUACUCUGUACGUCUCGGAUCCAGAGUCGCACCAGAUUAUACGAGUGCGUGACACCAGCGACUACUCGCAGCCGGAACUAAACUGGGAGGCGAUUGUGGGCUCCGGGGAGCGCUGUUUGCCCGGCGAUGAAGCGCACUGUGGCGAUGGGGCUCUGGCCAAGGACGCCAAGCUGGCAUAUCCCAAGGGCAUAGCAAUUUCGAGCGACAACAUACUGUACUUCGCCGACGGAACCAAUAUUCGCAUGGUCGACCGGGACGGAAUCGUGAGCACCCUUAUCGGCAAUCACAUGCACAAGUCCCACUGGAAGCCCAUUCCCUGCGAGGGCACCCUUAAACUGGAGGAGAUGCAUCUGCGCUGGCCCACUGAGCUGGCAGUUUCGCCGAUGGACAACACUUUGCACAUCAUUGACGACCACAUGAUCCUGCGCAUGACGCCAGACGGUCGAGUUCGGGUCAUUUCCGGUCGCCCGCUGCACUGCGCAACCGCCUCCACUGCCUACGACACGGAUCUGGCCACCCACGCCACCCUGGUGAUGCCUCAGUCGGUCGCCUUUGGUCCCCUGGGGGAGCUGUAUGUUGCCGAGAGCGACUCGCAGCGCAUAAACAGGGUGCGGGUAAUCGGCACAGACGGACGGAUCGCACCCUUUGCUGGUGCCGAGUCCAAGUGCAACUGCCUGGAGCGCGGUUGCGACUGCUUCGAGGCGGAGCACUACCUGGCCACCAGCGCAAAGUUCAACACCAUCGCCGCAUUGGCUGUCACACCAGACAGCCAUGUGCACAUCGCGGACCAAGCCAAUUACCGCAUCCGCUCGGUAAUGUCCAGCAUCCCGGAGGCGAGCCCCUCACGCGAGUACGAGAUCUACGCACCGGACAUGCAGGAGAUCUACAUCUUCAACCGAUUCGGCCAGCACGUUUCCACUCGCAACAUUUUGACCGGAGAGACGACAUACGUGUUUACCUACAACGUGAACACCUCCAACGGAAAGCUGAGCACCGUGACCGACGCAGCUGGCAACAAGGUGUUCCUGUUGCGCGACUACACCUCGCAAGUCAACUCCAUUGAGAACACCAAGGGUCAGAAGUGCCGUCUGCGCAUGACGCGCAUGAAGAUGCUGCAUGAGCUGAGCACACCGGACAACUACAACGUGACCUACGAGUAUCAUGGCCCCACUGGCCUGCUGAGGACCAAGCUGGACUCCACCGGACGAUCCUACGUGUACAACUACGACGAGUUCGGUCGCCUCACUUCCGCUGUAACGCCCACCGGUCGGGUCAUCGAACUGAGCUUCGACCUGAGCGUCAAGGGAGCCCAGGUGAAGGUGUCAGAGAACGCGCAGAAGGAAAUGUCGCUGCUGAUCCAAGGCGCCACCGUAAUUGUGCGCAACGGGGCCGCCGAAUCGCGCACUACCGUCGACAUGGACGGCUCCACCACCAGCAUCACACCAUGGGGACACAACCUUCAGAUGGAAGUGGCACCCUACACAAUUUUGGGCGAGCAGAGUCCGCUGCUGGGCGAAAGCUACCCAGUGCCGGCCAAGCAACGCACCGAGAUCGCCGGUGACCUGGCCAACCGUUUUGAGUGGCGCUACUUCGUGCGUCGUCAGCAGCCACUGCAAGCGGGCAAACAGAGCAAGGGACCGCCCCGUCCCGUCACCGAGGUGGGACGCAAGCUACGCGUGAAUGGGGACAACGUCCUGACCCUGGAGUACGACCGCGAGACCCAGUCGGUGGUUGUGAUGGUGGACGACAAGCAGGAGCUGCUGAACGUUACCUACGACCGCACUUCGCGCCCCAUCAGCUUCCGGCCACAAUCGGGAGACUACGCGGACGUGGACUUGGAGUACGACCGAUUCGGACGCCUGGUCAGCUGGAAGUGGGGUGUCCUGCAGGAGGCCUACUCCUUCGACCGCAACGGACGUCUGAACGAAAUCAAGUACGGCGAUGGCUCAACAAUGGUCUACGCAUUCAAGGAUAUGUUUGGGUCGCUGCCCUUGAAGGUGACGACGCCCAGACGGUCGGAUUACCUCCUGCAGUACGACGAUGCGGGUGCGCUUCAGAGCCUUACGACUCCUCGGGGCCACAUCCACGCGUUCUCGCUUCAAACCUCGCUUGGUUUCUUCAAGUACCAGUACUAUUCGCCAAUCAACCGCCAUCCCUUCGAGAUUCUGUAUAACGACGAGGGUCAGAUCCUGGCCAAGAUCCAUCCCCACCAAUCUGGCAAGGUGGCUUUUGUACACGACACCGCCGGACGACUAGAAACCAUUCUCGCCGGAUUGUCCAGCACACACUACACCUACCAGGAUACGACCAGUCUGGUGAAGUCCGUAGAGGUGCAGGAGCCAGGCUUCGAGCUGCGACGCGAGUUUAAGUACCAUGCCGGCAUCCUCAAGGACGAGAAGCUGCGUUUCGGCUCCAAGAACUCGCUGGCCUCGGCGCACUACAAGUACGCCUACGACGGAAACGCCCGGCUCAGCGGCAUCGAGAUGGCCAUCGACGACAAGGAGCUGCCGACAACGCGGUACAAGUACAGCCAGAAUCUGGGCCAGUUGGAGGUGGUGCAGGACCUCAAGAUCACUCGCAACGCCUUCAACCGGACGGUGAUCCAGGACUCGGCCAAGCAGUUCUUCACCAUUGUAGACUACGAUCAGCACGGCAGGGUCAAGAGCGUGCUGAUGAACGUGAAGAACGUCGACGUGUUCCGCUUGGAGCUGGACUACGACCUGCGCAAUCGCAUCAAGUCGCAGAAAACUACCUUCGGCAGGUCCACCGCCUUCGACAAGAUUAACUAUAAUGCCGACGGCCAUGUGAUCGAGGUCCUGGGCACCAACAACUGGAAGUACCUGUUCGAUGAGAACGGCAACACGGUGGGCGUAGUGGACCAGGGCGAGAAGUUCAACCUGGGCUACGACAUCGGCGACCGAGUGAUCAAGGUGGGCGAUGUGGAGUUCAACAACUACGACGCACGCGGUUUCGUGGUGAGGCGCGGUGAGCAGAAGUAUCGCUACAACAACCGCGGUCAGCUGAUCCACGCCUUCGAAAGGGAGCGCUUCCAGAGCUGGUACUACUACGACGACCGCAGCCGCCUGGUGGCGUGGCACGACAACAAGGGCAACACCACACAGUAUUACUACGCCAACCCACGCACCCCACACUUGGUGACCCACGUGCACUUCCCCAAGCUCAGUCGCACCAUGAAGCUGUUCUAUGACGACCGAGACAUGCUCAUCGCCCUGGAGCACGAGGAGCAGCGCUACUACGUGGCCACCGACCAAAAUGGAUCGCCGUUGGCCUUCAUUGACCUGAAUGGUGGCAUCGUCAAGGAGAUGAAGCGCACGCCCUUUGGCCGAAUCAUCAAGGACACCAAGCCGGACUUCUUUGUGCCCAUCGACUUCCACGGCGGUCUGAUCGACCCGCAUACCAAACUGGUCUACACCGAGCAGCGGCAGUACGACCCUCACGUGGGCCAGUGGAUGACCCCGCUAUGGGAAACCCUGGCCACCGAGAUGUCGCACCCAACGGACGUGUUCAUCUACCGCUACCACAACAACGACCCCGUCAACCCAAACCGACCGCAGAACUACAUGAUCGACCUGGACUCCUGGCUACAGCUCUUCGGCUACGACCUGAACAACAUGCAGAGCAGUCGCUACACCAAGCUGGCCCAGUACACACCGCAAGCCUCCAUCAAGUCCAACAUGCUGGCGCCCGAUUUCGGUGUGAUCUCCGGCCUUGAGUGCAUUGUGGAGAAAACUAGCGAAAAGUUCAGCGACUUUGACUUUGUGCCCAAGCCGCUACUCAAGAUGGAGCCUAAGAUGCGAAACUUGCUGCCGCGCAUCAGCUAUCGGCGGGGAGUUUUCGGCGAGGGUGUGCUGCUCUCGAGGAUCGGUGGCCGGGCAUUGGUUAGCGUGGUCGAUGGAUCGAAUAGUGUGGUGCAGGACGUGGUGAGCAGCGUGUUCAACAACUCGUACUUCCUUGACCUGCACUUCAGCAUCCACGACCAAGACGUAUUUUACUUCGUAAAGGACAAUGCUCUGAAGUUGCGCGACGACAACGAGGAGCUACGUCGCCUUGGGGGCAUGUUCAACAUAUCAACGCACGAAAUCAGUGAUCACGGAGGCAGCGCCGCCAAGGAGCUGCGGCUGCACGGUCCCGACGCCGUAGUCAUCAUCAAGUACGGCGUGGAUCCCGAGCAGGAGCGUCACCGCAUCCUCAAACAUGCUCACAAGCGGGCAGUUGAGCGGGCCUGGGAAUUGGAGAAGCAGCUGGUGGCCGCCGGCUUCCAAGGGCGGGGCGACUGGACCGAGGAGGAGAAGGAGGAGCUCGUCCAGCACGGUGACGUCGACGGCUGGAACGGGAUCGAUAUCCACAGCAUACACAAGUAUCCGCAACUGGCCGACGACCCCGGCAAUGUGGCCUUCCAGCGGGACGCCAAGCGGAAGCGCCGCAAGACCGGCGGCAGCCAUCGGAGUGCCUCCAACCGGCACCAACUAAAGUUCGGCGAUCUGAGUGCGUGAGUGGAGGCAUAUAGAGAGAAGCAGGAGAUGGAGCCGGAGGGGAGUGACAUGGCCGAAGAGGAAUACGGCGAGCAGGAGGACUACCUAAUUGCCGUGGGCAAAAAGGAGCCAAGGGACAGCAGCGAGGCACUAGACGAGCAGAUUUUGUAAUUAGGUGAAAUGCGCAACAGCGACCACAAGAAGAACAACAGCACAACACUCGAUGACACAACACGAAAACAAAAGCAAAAAGCGAGCAUUCAACACACUAAUAAUAUAAACUUUAAUCAUGCUUAAAGUUUAGUAUUAGCCAGAACGCAACCCUCGAAUAACCGAAGAAACUUCUUAUAUGUACACAGGAACAGUAAUAUGUAUGUUGAUGUUGAGUUUAGGCUAACAAUAGGCGUAUGUUUAGUCCAUGUGUGUAAUGUUUAAUGUAAUUUUUUAAAUCAGAAUCAAUGUCCUUACGGGCAGCCAGCUUGCGCUAGGGAGCGUACUAUAAAGAUUAGUACAGAAGCCGGCAGACAGACGGUCUUAUUAGAUUUGUAUAGAUCGAGCCAACUAAACGGAACCGAACAACGUCGUUUGUUUAGGGGAUAGGAGUUUGGCCAAGCACAGCCCAAUUAGCCAGUUGCAUUACCAUGUCAAACGAUGAGUAUUACACAGCAAAAUAUGCUUACGAUAAGUACAGAUGUUAAACUACAAAACGAAUAAAUGUAAAAAGAUUAAAGUUCUCUGUAGUAGCCCCUAGUCCUUGGCCCCAAGUUUGGCCCACUCCAACACAGCCCACUCUCAUAUGGCAACAGAAAAGUUGAUCGCUGCUUCACCUUCUUAAUUGCUUUGUGUAUAUAAGACCGAUUACUUUUCUAUUCAUUUACUAACGCACAAGGGCGUAUUUAUCAUUUAAUCCAACGAACUUUCUAGUGAAAUAGGUGUCUGUACCGAAUGCUCGAAUUUAAAUUAAUCAGACGCGUCUACCUUAUUUGGAUAGCCAAGAAUCAAAAGGAAUUUUUAUCAGACUCCUUUCAAUGCAAUACAAUACUCUACCGACUAUUUUUCACUCAUUUUAUAAUGUUAACUGUUGAAUUUAUUCAAAGGAAAAAUGCAUUAAAAACUUUUUACAAAUUGUGAUAUAUAUUUCUAAACAUUUCAUUUGACAACUUGAAGUGUAACGAACAAAAAAUCGAAUUAACUCAAAUUGAACCGAAAACCACAUGUACUUUACUCAUUUUUUUAAUAUAGGCUUUUACGAUUAGUUUUUAUGCUGCAAUAUUUAGUUUUUACCGUUUGCCAUGUUAUUUUUUAAAAUCAAUACUGUUUUUAAUGAAACCCCCCAUGGGAAAUUUACAUAGAGUUAAAUGUCUUUUAAUUCUGUUUUUUUUUUCAUAAUUAUUGCAAAAUAAAUUGCUGCUUUCAAAAACCUU